GCUACCCAGGAUGCAUGAGCGUCAUGACACGCUGGGUUCCUACAAAGAAAGAAAAGUACGGCGUAGCAAUCUACAAUUAUGAUCCCAAUGGUGAGCUGGAGCUGUGUUUACAGGUUGGGGACACAGUGCAUAUCCUCGAGAAAUUGGAAGGCUGGUAUCGAGGAUACACACUGCGAGAGAAAUCACAUAAGGGAAUUUUUCCAUCUUCUUACAUUCACUUAAAGGAGGCAUCAGUUGAGGGAAUUGGCCAGCAGGAAAUAAUUAUUCCAGCAGAUUUACCACUGGUGCAGGAGCUUGGGGCUACUCUCAGGGAAUGGGCGCAGAUAUGGCACAAGCUCUUUGUGGCAAACAAAGUCUCCCUGUUCCGGAGUGUUCAGCAGAUGGCCUACAGUCUUAUAGAAUAUCGAUCACAGAUAGUGUCAGGAACACUACCCAAGGAUGACCUUGUAGAGCUAAAAAAGAAAGUCACUGCCAAGAUAGACUACGGAAACCGAAUUUUGGGCUUGGAUCUGGUCGUGCGAGAUGAAGCUGGAAACACACUGGAUCCUGACUGCACAAGCACAGUCAGUCUGUUCCGGGCUCACGAGACUGCAUCCCGUUGUGUUGAUGACAGGAUACAAGAGGAGAAGACACGAUUACAAAAUCAUGAAAUGAGGCGCCAAGCUUUGUUUAGUACUGUUCACACCUAUAGUCUCCUCAUGAACCUGAAAAACUUUGUCUGCAACAUUGGAGAAGAUGCUGAGCUACUCAUGUCUCUUUAUGACCCAGAUCAGUCAGAAUUUAUCAGUGAGAACUUCUUGGUGCGGUGGGACAGCAUGGGGAUGCCUAAAGAAAUUGAAAAACUCAACAACCUUCCAGCACUCUUCACGGAGCUAAGCAGAAGUGACCUAAUGAGGCAGCGUCUCUUCCUGGUGUGUCAGAUCAUCAGAGUAGGAAGCAUGGAGUUAAAAGAGGGAAAGAAACAAACAGGCGGGCUAAGGAGACCCUUUGGUGUGGCUGUGAUGGACAUAACGGAUAUCGCUCAUGGCAAAACUGACGAUGAGGACAAACAGCAUUUCAUCCCUUUUCAGCAGAUAGCAAUGGAGACCUACAUUCGUCAGAGGCAACUCAUCAUGUCUCCCCUCAUCCCAUCUCGAGUCAUAGGAGAGAAUGAGCCACUCACUGCUGUUUUCAACAAAGUCAUUGCCACGAGGGAGGUCAAUCAUAAAGGCCAGGGGUUGUUUGUGACCCUGAAGCUACUCCCAGGGGAUCUUGCACAGGUCAGGAAAGACUACCCUCACUUUGUGGACCGUAGCACAGCCAUCGUCAGAAAAAUGGGCUUUCCAGAAAUCAUCCUCCCAGGUAACGUCAGGAAUGAUAUUUAUGUAACCUUGCUGCAGGGAGAGUUUGAUCGUGGUAAAAAGAAGACACCCAAGAAUGUGGAGGUCAUAUUGAGUGUGCAUGAUGAUGAAGGCAAUGCGAUGGAGAAGGCAAUAUUUCCUGGGGCUGGUUACGAUGGCAUUACAGAGUACAAGUCUGUUAUUUACUACCAAGUUAAGCAACCUUGUUGGAAUGAAACAGUGAAGGUGACAAUUCCCAUUGAAGAUGUGUGCCGCUGUCACCUGAGGGUGAUGUUUCGACAUAGAUCCUCCCAGGACUCUAGGGACAAAUCGGAAAAACCCUUUGGUAUGGCUUUCGUCCGCCUAAUGAGAGGAGAUGGGACAACACUCAGGGAUGGAAGGCAUGAACCUAUCGUCUAUAAGGUUGAUGUGAAAAGGCCAGACGAUGCAAAAGUUUAUCUGACCUUGCCGGGGACUUGGGCUGAAGUGGAGGAGAAGGAGAAACAAACGGGGAAGCAGUUCCAUCAUUCAGGCCCUGUCACUAAGGACAGCUUUCAGAUUGCCACACUUACCUGCUCCACUAAGCUCACACAGAAUGUUGAUCUACUCGGACUGUUGAACUGGAGGUCUAACCCAGACGAUCUUGAUCAGAUCUUGCAGAGGCUGAUGGAGGUGGAAGGGGGGGAGAUAGUCAAAUUUCUUCAGGACACACUUGAUGCACUGUUCAACAUCAUGAUGGAGACUUCAGAAAAGGACACCUAUGACACACUGGUGUUUGAUGCCUUGGUUUUUAUCAUCACGCUUAUUGGUGACAUCAAAUUCCAGCACUUUAAUCCAGUCCUUGAAACCUACAUUAACAAACACUUCAGUGCCACUUUAGCCUACAUGAAGCUUACCAGAGUGCUCAAUCACUAUGUGGGCCACGCGGAGGAGCCAGCCCUGACUGAGAAGCUCUAUGCGGGACUGAAGGCUCUCAAGUAUUUGUUCCGGUUUAUUGUUCAGUCUCGGAUUCUCUAUUUAAGGUUUUAUGGAAACAGUGAAGAUGGGGAUGCUUUCUUCAACUCAAUUCGCUCUCUAUUUCUGUCGUUCAACACGCUCAUGGACAGACCACUUGACGAGGGAGUCAAAAUAAAGGGGGCGAUAUUGAAAUACCUCCCCAGCAUCAUUAAUGACAUCCAGUCUGUGUUUGAUCCUGUGGAGUUAAGCAUUCUGCUUGCAAAGUUUAUUGAAAGCAUUCCUGACUCUCAGCUUGUGCGUCAGAAGCUUGGUUGCAUGUGCAAAAUGGUGGAGAGUGACCUUUUCAUGCAGCCAGAUUGUCGAGAUGUGCUUCUGCCACUUGUCAAUGACCAGCUGAGUGGGCAGCUGGAUGAUCACUCCAGUAAACCUGACUACGAAGCCUGUGUCCAAGUGCUUAGCACAGUGUUGGACAUCCUAGAUCGCAAGGAUGUGGGUCCAACCAGGGAUCAUGUUCAACUGGUUAUGGAACGUCUACUUCGUAGGGUUAAUCGCACGGUCAUUGGCAUGGACAGAGGUUCCCCUCUCAUUGGCCACUAUUUGUCCUGCAUGACAGCUAUCCUAAAACAGAUGGAUGACAUGCAUUACGCCCACUAUAUUGGCACCUUCAAGACAAGACAGGAUAUCACCGACUUCCUCAUGGAGACGUUCAUCAUGUUCAAGGACCUAAUGGGGAAGGUCUUCCCUUCCGACUGGAUGGUUAUGAACCUAGUGCAGAUGCAAGUGUUCCUGAGGGCCAUCAAUCAGUAUUCUGAUGUACUCAACAUGUAUUUUUUAGACCAGGCACAUUUUGAACUGCAGCUGUGGAAUAGCUACUUCCAUUUGACUGUGGCAUUCCUCACCCAUAAGAUACUGCAGCUUGAAUCCUUCUCUCAAGAGAAACGCAACAAGAUAUUAAACAAAUAUGGUGAUAUGAGGAUGGCAGUUGGCUUUAAGAUCAGAGACAUGUGGUACAAUCUUGGCCCCCAUAAAAUGAAGUUCAUCCCAGCCAUGGUCGGACCUAUUUUGGAGGUCACACUAGUGCCUGAGCCUGAUCUGAGGAAGGCCACGAUUCCCAUCUUCUUCGAUAUGAUGCAGUGUGAGCACAAUUUCAGCCCUGGGCGCACAUUCGAAACGUUUGAAAAUGAACUAAUAACAAAACUGGAUCAAGAAGUUGAAGGAGGUCGAGGAGAUGAGCAGUACAAAGUCCUGCUGGAGAAAACGUUACUGGAACACUGCAGACGCCACAGAUACCUGUCGCAGUCAGGUGAAGAAUUGGCGCUUCUGCUGAGCAGCCUGCUGGAGAAUCUCCUGGCAUACCGCACCAUCACACAUGAUGAAAGUCCUGAGCAUCGCAUGAGCUGCACGGUCAAUGUGCUGAAUUUUUACAAGGAAAAAAAGAGGGAAGACAUUUAUAUUCGGUACUUGUACAAGCUGCGCGACUUACACCUGGACUGUGAAAAUUACACAGAGGCCUCCUACACUCUGCUGCUACAUGCUGAAUUACUUGAGUGGUCUGACAAAACCUGUGCAUCUCAUUUAAUUCCGCGAGAUGGAAAGCAUGUGUGGACACAACAGGAGUUGAAGGAAAGACUCUUCCAGGAGAUCAUAUGUUAUUUGGACAAGGGCAAGAUGUGGGAGAAGGCCAUCGAGCUCGGGAAAGAGUUAGCCAAGAUGCACGAGAGCCACAUGUUUGACUUCAUGGAACUAAGCCAGCUGCUGAAAAAACAAGCUGAGUUCUAUGAAAAAAUAAUGCACGCCAUGCGACCACAGCCAGAGUACUUUGCUGUUGGGUAUUAUGGGCUUGGAUUCCCUUCUUUCCUCAGGAACAAGAUUUUCAUCUACAGAGGCAAAGAAUAUGAGUGGCUGGAAGACUUCAGUGUAAAGCUGCUCUCUCAGUUUCCAAACGCUGUCCGCAUGACCAGCACAGCGCCCCCUGGAGAUGACAUCAGCAACUCUCCUGGGCAGUACAUCCAGUGUUUUACGGUCAAGCCAGUGCUCAUUGUGCCACAUCAGUUUAAAGACAAGGGUGUUCCAGAGCAGAUAUUAAAUUAUUACCGAACCAAUGAAGUGGACCAAUUCCAGUAUUCCAGGCCCUUCAGAAAAGGUGAAAAGGACCCAGACAAUGAGUUUGCAACUAUGUGGAUUGAGAGAACCACUUAUGUUACUGCCUACAGCUUCCCUGGGAUUCUGAAAUGGUUUGAAGUUAAAUCUGUCUCUGUGGAGGAGAUCAGUCCAUUGGAGAAUGCCAUAGAGACCAUGGAGAUGGCAAAUGAAAAGCUGAGUAACCUAGUGCAGCAGCAAGCCUGUGAUCGCUCAUUGUCUAUCAACCCACUGUCCAUGAUGCUCAGCGGCAUUGUUGAUCCUGCUGUCAUGGGUGGCUUCUCCAACUAUGAGAAGGCCUUCUUUACUGACACCUACAUCCAUGAACACCCAGAAGACCAUGAGCGUAUUGAGGUCCUUAAACACCUCAUUGCCCUGCAGAUCCCUGUCUUGGCAGAUGGCAUUCGUAUCCACGGGGAGAAGACAACAGAGCAGCUGAAGCCCUUACACAACCGCCUGGUUACUUGCUUUCAGGACCUUCGGGAGAAAGUGGAGAAGCAUUACGGCGUCAUAACCUUGCCCUGCUCUCUCACAGAGAGAAAGAAGAGUCGCGUGGGCUCGGUGGUGAUGCCCUACAUCCUGUCCUCCACGCUGCGUCGCAUGUCCACCGUCUCAACCCUCUCCAAUGCAUCCUCAGCACUCUCCAGCGGCUCAGCGUCCUCUGAUGGACCCUCGGGCAUUUCCUCCCAAGAUUCCUUGUUGUCCCGCCCCAGCGAUCGUAGGACCUCAGUGUUGUCCCGCUCAGAGGAAGACAACAGGAUAGCCAGAAAGAACAGGAAGGAGUGGAGUGUGAGCAAGUCUCAGGUCCUGCUGGAGAGACAGUCGGACGUGGAUGAGAGUACUACAGAGAGGCAGCAGCGGCCAAAGAGUUUACAACUGAGCGACAGAAGACUGACGCUCUCCUUGUUCCAGGGUGUUUCAUCCCAGCUCAGCCUGUCCAACCCUCUCAGUCCUCUACCUGCCUCUCCUCACACGCCUCACACGCCUCGCAGCUCAAGCUUUUCAUCACUUCUCAGUGACAACGAUGCCAAUGCCAUCGACACCCCAGGGACGCCCCCGCCAAUGCCUCCUAAGAAACACCCGCAUGAGAUUGACAUCGCUACGUUCUCUUCAGAGUUCAUUCCCCCGCUGCCAAUGAAAAUUGAUAGCAAACCUCCACCACCGCCUCCCAAAACCCGGAAGUCCAUGUUUCCCUCAUAUGAGCACAGCCCCCAGUAGGGCCACACAGACCAUAAAGAUGUGAUGCUGUAAUCAAGUAGUGGUGAAAAAUCAGAGUUAAGAACAGAUGCAGGAUCAUCUUUGACAUGUAUUUACAGGACUUUUGGGUCUUUGAGAUCUUUUCUAUGCCAAGUCGCCAGUUUUAGAGGCUAUUUUACAGCCCUCAAGAAAAUAAUAUUAUGGAAUAAUAUUUUGGGUAACACCGUUUUUAUGAACUUGUUGGGAUUUUUUCUUAAUCAAAGAGAAAAUGCUUGAUGCUGCUUAAACAUAUUCUAUAUUUUACACAGGAAAAGCUGUAAUGCAUACUUUAUGAUAAUCAUGAGCAGGGAUUGCAAUGUACAAUUGCGGUGUGGGUGUUUACGCUUUAACCUUUAUGUUUUAGAAACACUGGAUGGCAAUUUUGAAUGUUAUGUAUAUUUGUUGUUUGUUUAUUAUGUGGAUACUGUAACUGUUUGCCCCGCAGUAGCAUUGCGUUGGUGCUUUUUUAUUAUUCAGAAGAAUAGUUUGACAUUUCUUUUAGAAUGUUCUUUCUUGAAAAGAUCAAUGCAUUGCACAGUGUCUAAAGGAGGUAAAGCCUUAAUCUAUCCUCAACCACACACAAAAGAGGGACUCCACCUGAGCCAGUAAGAACUAAGAUAUUGUAAGAACAUGUGAAUUUUCAGUGUGACUUCUGGUGUUAUUUGACAACUUUGAUGGUGGAUUACACAUGUAAGUCCAGCUACAGUUUAGCUAGUCCUGCUCCCCCAAAAUAACCCCCACACCCCCAGAAAAAACAUGCAGUGGGUUUUGUAGUAUUUUUAGGACAAUAUAAAUGUGCUGAUUCCAAAUAUAUCAAUACGGCUGGCUGAAAUUCAGCCAUGUUGUUUUUUUUCCCCUGAUCAUUUUUGUUUACUUCACAACUAGUGUUGCUCCGGUACCAUAUUUUUUUGGGACCCCCGAUAUCCAUUCCAAUACCUGACUUUGUGGUAUCAGCUGAUACCGUACAGAUAAAACGACUUCGGGGGAGAAAGGAAAAAAUAUGUAUAUAGAUAUGGCGGAAAACACAGACAAGGCUGAAAAAGCAGUUUCUGCUCUUGCACCCCUUUUCAAAAUUAACUGCUGUAUUUUAAGCCAAAAGAACUGUUGUGUUUGAUAGAACAAUAUGUUUAUAUGCUGUCAUAGCAGAUUCAUGGCGCAUGAAGGCCCCAAACUAUUUUUAAUUUGUCCGUUUUACCCUGGAAACCCCCCGCUUACAGACGUCGCGCAACCGCUUUUUUUUUCAACCCAGCCAUAAAGAGAAGCUUAGUAAUUUAUUAUUUGAAAUGUGUGUCAUUUUUAGCUUAGAAUCAUUAACUGAUGUCUAAUAUAUAGUUAAAAAAAACAAAAACAACUUAACUCAAAAAUUAUUCACUCGCAUAUUUUAAACUUUUAUACAAAUGACGUCACAAUGAAAAAAAUUGGCGUCUGUAAAAAAAGUCACGGAUAUCUACCUCAUAACUAUCGCUUAGUUGUAUUUUUCCGUUACUGUCGUAUUUUCCCCAGUAUUUUAGAUGAUUAAUAAUCGAUCCAAAGAAAGAAAGAAAAAAAAACAUUUAAAAGGCUAAAAAUAUGAAAAUGAAAAUCUCGAUUAUUCCUUGAUGUCUGUGGUUUCUGUGUCACGACCCUUGUUAUAUUACCAUGUUUCACCGUUAAAUUCCCCCCAAAAUUCAGCUGUGGCUAUUCACAGCUGUGCCUUGACACCCGGUGAUACAUGCUACAUGGAGUUUUUGGAUUGAAAAGAGGUACGUACGCUAUAAUAUCUCGUUAAAAUCAUGGCGUCUUUAAUUCUGCUCCCCCGUCCUCUCACCUCCAGUUAGGGUUUUGCUGUUUAAAACUUUUUUUAAAUGCCCUUCUGUUCAAAAAUUUUCUUCUCCAGAAAAUUGAGAUUUUCAGCUUUCCAAUGAUGUAUCACACGUGCAUAUAGGACAAUUUUGAAAUUUGGCCAAAUUGGGGAUCUCAGAGCGGAUCUCAAGUCACCUGAGUGUUUUCUGACAUAUAUUUUUUUUAAAAUAUUACUGUUAAUAAAACUCGAUUUUAACUCAAUGUCUGCUAAUGAUGGCACGAGACGUCCAAUCCAUUUGACGUGGGAGGGUUGGCAGCAACAUCAAAUGGAUUGGACGUCUAUUAGUGAUAACUCAAAUUCACAGCAGAAGCAUGAUUGGAUGCCACACAAUUCGACGCCUAUCAUUUUAGUGCCGCAUCGGUACGGAUACUAUAUGUAUUGGCGCAACACUAUUUACAACCGCUGGGAGAAGCGUUCCGUGUAAGAAAUAAAAACAUACUGACAAUUGUCGAGGUAGAAGCAAAAGAAAAAUGGAUUUUGUUUAAAAACCUGUAUUGAAUAAACAAAGGAUGUUGCUUUCAAAUUCAGCAAUGCAACAGUGUUCUAAAUCUGUACCUUAGCAGUACCCCGGCAUUAUUAGAAAUGUGUGUUGUUUCUCUUGUUUUUAAGCAGCAAGGCUAAUGAGCUCCCCUUUGCAUGAAUGCUUUACUUGUAUUACAAGAGAAUAUCAAACUAUUGCUUUGAAGAAUUGUAAACACUGUACGGCACAAAAAACAGAUGCCUUUUGAAGUUGCAUUCGUGUUUCAAUGAAUUUCCUGUUUAUUCCUGAAAUUAACUUAUUGUUCAUCGAAUUUCAAGAUUUUUAUUGUAUUGCAUAUCCAGUGUGCAAAGAGAUGAUUUAUUUUUAGCAUAUAGCAGUCUCGCAUAUUUCAACAUGCUGUACAUGUGUUUGCCUCUAGAUUGCAGUUUUUUUUUUUUUUUAAUUGUUAAAUGGUUUCAAUUUUUUUUUUUUUUUUUUUUUGAGAUUUUCUACAGUGCUCAUGGAACAAAAAUAAAAAAUUUGAAUAAACAUUUCAUACAAUUUUUGGAUAAGGUUUUAUUGAAUGCAUAAAAUUAAAGAGUUGUUACUGACUUUGAAAGGCCUCUCCUUCAUUCUGAUGCAGUUACCAUACCAACCAGAGUUCUUUAUUCCUAGUCAAGGUUGCAGCAUCUACAUUGAACUGAGGCUAAUAUGUUUCUCACACAAUUAGUGUAGGUGAUGGAAAAU